GUCCGUGGGGGAGAUGUAUGGGAGAUGAAUGCGGUCCAGGUGGCAUCCAGACACGAGCGGUGUGGUGCGCCCACGUGGAGGGCUGGACCACACUGCCCACGAACUGCAAGCAACCAGAGCGGCCGGACAACCAGCAGAGCUGUUUUCGGGUCUGUGACUGGCACAAGGAGCUGUAUGACUGGCAGAUUGGCAGCUGGAAUCAGUGCCAGCCUGUCCUGUCCCGUAGCCAUGAGAAGCCCCUGGAGUGCCUCAGAGGGGAGGAAGGGAUCCAGACAAGGGACAUCACCUGUAUCCAGAAGUCUAAUGGUGUGGCGGCUGAGGAUGUCAUCUGUGAGUACUUUGAGCCAAAGCCUCGCCAGGAGCAGGCGUGCCUCAUCCCAUGCCGGCAGGACUGCAUUGUGGCUGAAUUUGCUCCCUGGUCGGAGUGCUCAAAGACCUGUGGCAGUGGGCUUCAGCAUCGAACUCGGCACGUUGUGGCUCCACCACAGUUUGGUGGGUCUGCUUGUCCUAACCUCACUGAAUUUCAGAUCUGUCAGUCUAGCCCAUGCGCUGCUGAAGAAAGCUUGUAUAGCCUAAACGUGGGACCCUGGAGUGCAUGCUCAGUGCCCCAUUCAAGACAAGUAAGGCAAACGAGGAAACGAGGGAAAAACAAAGACAAGGAAAAAGACAGAGAAAAGGCAGUUCGGGAUCCUGAUGCUCGUGAGUUAAUUAAGAAGAAGAGGAAUCGCAACAGACAGAAUAGACAGGAGAACAAAUAUUGGGACAUACAAAUUGGGUACCAAACCAGGCAGGUCACAUGUACUCACAGAAAUGGGAAAACUGCUGCUCUGAGCUUCUGCAAACAAGACAAGUUGCCCAUUACGUUCCAGUCCUGUGUGAUCACAAAGGAGUGCCAGGUGUCAGAGUGGUCAGAAUGGACCCCCUGCUCCAAAACCUGCUUUGACAUGACAACCCCUAAAGGGAAUCGUACAAGGUCACGGACCAUUAAACAGCUCCCUGUGGGCAGUGAAAGUGAAUGUCCACAAUUAGAAGAAACAGAGCAGUGUGUUUCUCAAGGAGAUGGUGUGGCACCGUGCAUUACGUAUGGUUGGCGGACCACAGAGUGGACAGAAUGCCGUGUCGAUCCUCUCCUUAGCCAACAGGACAAGAGGCGAGGAAAUCAGACAGCACUGUGUGGAGGUGGCAUUCAAACCCGGGAAAUGUACUGCGUGCAAGCAAAUGAAAAUCUCCUCUCCUAUUUAAAUACCCUCAAGGAAAAAGAAGAAAGUCAGUCACAGAGCAAGUCGAAGGCUAGUGCUGCACCUCUGCUAUCAAUUACUUUUGAAAUAACAG